AUGUAUGAUACAGAUGAGCCCAUCACUGAUGUGGCGUUGAAGUCAGAUCCCGCAAUAGACCCACUUAUUCUGAAUAUAACCAGCUUGUUGGUAGGCAAUGUCCUAACUGUGUCGAUGUGCCUCUUCGGCGUGGUCACCAACCUCAUAAACAUUCCUCUGUUUCGCAGGCAGGGUUACCACGAUGGCGUCAACGUCACGCUCACUGCGCUAGCCAUCAGCGACCUCGGGGCUCUGCUGGGCGAGCUGGUGUAUACGGCUAUCGUCGACCCUUACAUUAAGGAGAUCGACCUGGUCGUCUCCAAGGUUGUGAUCGGCGUCAUCAGCGGAUACUGGCACGAGUAUUUCACAAGGGUCAGCAGCGUCAUCACCGCCUUCGCCGCCUUCGAGAGGUGCCUAUGCGUGACGCGGCCCUUGAAGGUCAAGACUAUGAUCACCACCAGGACGGCCGUGGUGGUGAACGUGUCCAUCUUCGUGGUCCACUCUCUGUACUUGUUCCCGCAGUUCUACACCAUGUACUUCGACUGGGCGUUCAUGCCCGAGCGAAACAAGACCGUCUUCGUGGUCUACGUCAACAGCUUGAGCGCCAGCAUGUUUCCGAUCACUUUGUACUUCACAGACAUGCUGUUUCCUUACUGCACGUUCCUAGCCCUUGUCGUCUGCUGCACAGUGCUUCUCUUUACGCUCAAGGCGAAGGCCAAGUGGAGGCGGACGGUCGUCUCCAGCGCGGUAGAAGUAGAGGUCAAGCCAACUUCCCGCCACCUGACCAGCAAAGAGCGCAAGUCCGGCCUGCUCUUCCUUUCGGUCUCGAUUAUGUGCGUAGUGCUUCUCCUGCCCCAGCACAUCGUUUACACUGCCGUCAUCUUCGUCAGGGAGAUGGCCAUGGAUGGGGACUACAGCGAUAUCCGAACCGUGGUAGGGACGUUCACAGUCCUGCUGCAGGCCAUCAACUCAAGCAUGACCAUCUUCAUUUACUACAAGAUGAGCACCAAAUACAGAAGCGAGUUUCAGAAAAUGAUGGGCAAGUAUGACUGUCUUCAGUUUCUAAAAAAGGACACAUAA